GAAUUUCCUUCUCUUCCAGUUGGUCAUGACUUCAAUGCAUCCGGAAAGAGGCAUUCUACUGUGGCCUCCGUCACGGCUUCCUCAACAAAUACAGAAGGUGGCCGGGUGGUGAUUCGUCCAGUCAACGUCUCAGUACGCAAGGUUGCUGAGUUUCUCGGCGGAUAUGCCUUUCUACAAUUGCGUGCGCCAAAUAAACGUCAGGAUUUGGACGAAGCCAGUUUCUACAAACUAACAAGUGGUCUUACGACCACGGAGGGGAUCUUCAGUUGA